AUGAUUAGGAAGAUUCUUAAAACAUUUGCCAAGUUGAAUUUUGGUUACACGUACUAUCCCGUCCUUCAUGGUCCAAACACAGUUUCAGAUGUAAAACCAUUCGUGCUCAUGGUGAAGCGGAGGCUGAGGCCGAUAUCUAAGCGGCUGUUUGCCAAAAAGGAAUUUACAAUUAUUGCAGGACUAGAGAGCUAUAUAAAGGAGGAAAAAAGGACAAAUUUUUUGGAACUUAUUGACUCAAGAAAACAACUACAAAAGAACUUAGAGAUACUUAGUGAAAAAGUCGAGAAUAAGGAUGAAGUGGAGUGCAAGAGAACUUUAAAAGAUCGUCUGUUAGCUCUGGAAAGGUAACACUUUUUAACUUGCUUAUAUGAUCCACAGAGUUUUGCUGUUUAUAUGUAUUUAAAAAUUUGAACUCCAAUGGCUUACCUCCCUUUCCCCAUUUAUAACCUCUCACUAAGUAGGGGGGAACUGAAGGAGACCAGCCAUUAUUUAUCGCCACAAGGGGGUGGGGGAGUGUGGAGGAUUUUGGAGGGCGGGUCACAAAUUUUCAGGGGGGACGGAAAGGGGAAUAGUCGUCGCUAACAACAGAGUAUAAAGGGAGGACUAUAAAAAAUUGACUGGCAAUUGGCUGCCAGUGAGGGGGAGGGGGUAGUAAGAAUGUUACAGAGCCUUAGGGGGGGUCAGAUAAAUUUAUCGCCACGCAACCACAAACAAACCUGAGGGACUCCAAAGUCAACAGUUCACACUGUGAGAGGUGUAUCGCUUAAAAUCCCCCCUGUAUUAAUUCAUGAUGCCCGAAAGACGACGUCAUUUGCUUCUGUCACUUAGCUGGAUAGACAUUGGAUUCAUGACAGCCAUGGUGGAGGAUAAUGUCAAGAUUCACUAUGAUAUGGGAGAACUGGAGCUGGGGAAAUUAUACCAAGAAUAUUUCAAAGAUCCAGAUCUGGACUAUAUACUGCAGGAAACUGAGCUUGACAAAAGAAAGAUGGCUCGUCUGGAGGAAGAGGAAUUACAUCUUAUUUACAGCGUGAUUUACAGCGAAAAAUUUCAUGUGGGAGGCAAAAUAAGUCAAGAGGUAUUGAUAACAAGUUACUUAGUAUUGCCGUCCUUAGAGCCACACCGUCGUUUCCCUGACCACGUGACUAAUAGAAACAACAACUCUGGGAAAGAAAAUAGGCUAUUCCAUAGUAAGGCGUUGCGCAUGCUCACUGGACUCUAUUGCAAGAUUUAUUCAUAUUCCCAAACGCGCGUAAAAAAUUUCACCUUUCAAACAGGAAGCACUUGUUAUGAGCGCAUCUAUUGGACAAAAAUUAAAAGGACAAAUUACACACACAGAGGAACUCUAAUAGCGCAUGGAGAUAGAAAUAACUGGAUCAGAAAAGAAACUGUUCUCCUCUACUGAUUCGGCAAUAGUCGAAGGUUUAAAAGUUAUAGAUUAAUUAGCAAUAGAAAUUGGCUUUUUCUUAUCCCUUCUAAUUUGAGACAGCGAGGGAGGGGGUGGGGCGCUUCAUUGGGUGUAGUGCUUAAUUAACAUUUUGGCCCUAGGGGGUGGGUGCUUAUUCGGGGGAAGGGCGCUUUUUCGAGAGUGGGCACUUAUUCGAGGAAAAACGAUAUUUUUUCAUGCGCCUCAUUCCAAUAGUUCCGCGCGGCGCGCUUAAAUCGAUAUUUUUUAACCUCUAUCAAUCGCGCGACAGAAUCCGCCAAAAAGAGGUGACUGAUCGUUGUCUAUCUAUUAGUUAACUCACAUUUUACCAUUGACUCCUCUCUGUUUACAGAUUUCAGGCUACGGUGGAGUCGCCAUACCUGGUCCUUCCUCUAAACUAGAAUCAAAACUUAAGGGUUAUGUAAACAUUGGGAACAGUCCUCCCAAAAUUGUAUCGAGAAACACACGAGGUCCGCUUUAUUUCAAGCCCAUUCGCGUCAAAUAUGAUAAGAAACGGGCGAGAUUACAGCUUCUUAAAGGCAAAUUUGCCGGCAAUCAAGUGCUU